CGGCUACAGCUUGGCCAUGUUCGUGUACACAGAUAAGUUGCUGGAGCGCCAAGCCAUCCUUACCAUGCACUACAUACAAGAAUUAGCUGUGAUCAACCGCUUGCUGUGCGUCUCCGACAUCGACAGGGACAUACCAGAUGGAGAUAAAUCGAUACGUGACAUGAUAGCGGCAGUUCUUCAAAAGUUUAACUGCACAUUAAGUAAUGAUGCUGCAGUAGGUGUUACGGAAAAUGAUGCGAGUAUCAAAAAUGCUUUUGCAGGUCAACAGCAUGUCCUCUGCAUCAAUACUCAGCUGAACCAAGCGUUUGUCAACGUUUUUAGUGAGGCACAACAGCUGCAAUACUUUUACAGAAAAUGUGACCAGUAUUUCUAACCUUGUCACAGAUCAAGAUCGGUAUAUUACAAUCCGUUAUUCUGUCUAAAGGAUUGUAAUAUGCCGAUCUUGAUUUUUUUUUU